AUGGCUCUGAAAGAGGUAUUGUCACUUAAAGCGGACUUUUUAGCGUCCCAACUCGAGAUAGCAAGAUCCGCUAGUACCUCAUCGCCACCUACUGCGGAGACAGCUGCAAGAAGGGUCAAAAAAGCUCUUGAAAGCUCUUUACAAGUCUUCCACUGCAGAAUAGGUUUUGGUCGAAUCCUACCAGAAACUGGCGCUUCAAAAGUCGACACGGCAACCGUUAGAGUGGAAUAUCACACCGUAGAUAAUAAACGUUUCUUCAUCGUCACCAGUGCGUCAAAGCCCAUCUUAAAAUGUGAUGUAACGGAUUUCUGUGAAGUUUUAGAGCUGCCGCUACAAAUACUGGCGCACAAAGGCUUGGAACAAGAACUGAAAGCUAGGUCACAGGCGCUCAAAUGUCAACGAAACGCUGAGAACACUGACACUCGGAAAAGGCGCAAAGUAUCGACUUCAACACCCAAUGCUUCAAUUGCCAAGAUCCAGAUGAAAUACCGAGAACUCGACUGCUCGCCCGCUCUGCUCAGCGUGACAAAUGAUUGUGCACUGUGGAACCUUGAAUUCAGCAUUUCCCUUCGAUACAAGAAAGAUAGUCCGAACAAUUUUUCUACCGAGACCAAUCGUUUUCUCGACACGCUUUUCAGUGACUUCAAACGUGAGCACUUUGUGAAGCAUGAGCUGACCCAUUAUUACGUUCAAAAGCAGUUCAAUCAUCAAACCGCGAAAUACACCAAAGAGCAUACGAUCGGGUCGAACUCGAAUUUGCCAGAUACUCCACAACUGAAUGUGCACCUUCUUCCUUUUCAGAAGGAUUCAGUUCAUUGGAUGCUUGGUAAAGAAGGUUAUUUCCCCUCUCGUUCCAUACCAAUCAUCAGCUCGCUAAAUCCCAAUCAACUAUGCGAGUUACUUAAUGCGCAUGUGUCUUUUGGUUACGAGAUCAUGAACACAGGCGAAGACCUACUAUAUUGGAACAAAUUUACCGGUUACAUAUUGUCUUCACAUGAUGCGAUUUCUGCACUUGAAGUUUCAAACUUCCAUAACGCUCCUUGUGCCCAUGGCGUGCUAUCAGAAGAAAUGGGCUUAGGCAAAACCUUGGAAAUUCUGGCCCUUUUACUGAUCAACAAACGACAGGUACCAGAAGACACAACUUUCACCACUGCCGCAGGUAAAGUGAUACGUAAGGCUCACACUAACCUAAUUGUCUGUCCUGAAAGUAUACUGGGACAGUGGAUUGACGAAAUUGAUACUCAUGUCGUUGAUGGAACUACUCUGAAUGGUAAGUCCGAGUUCGAAAAUAGCACACAUUUAGGGGUUUUCCACUACAAGGGGUUUCAAGAGGUCAAAGCACGUUUUGAGACUGACGACGUUGACCAAAUAGUCAGGCAACUUGCAAAAUACGACAUCAUAAUAUGUUCUUACACUACAGUAUCAGCAGAGGUCCAUUACGCUGAAUUCAGCGCAGCGAUAAGAUAUAGGCGUGGGAAUGCUCCCAAGUACGACUAUUCCUCACCACUAUCUCUUCUACAGUUCUACCGAAUCAUUCUUGAUGAGGUCCAGAUGUUGAGAGGUGAAAGUACCAAUGCUGCAAGGUGCACAGCGCUUCUGCAUCGUAUACACACUUGGGGCGUUUCGGGCACACCUGUGAAUAGCAUAACUGAUUUCAAAACGGUUCUGUCAUACUUACAAUUCCAUCCAUUUCAAGACAGUCCUAAAAUUGUUGACGCUGUAAGAAAAAACCUUGCGCGAAGAGUGAAAGCCCAAAUUCAAGACGAUACCUUGAGUAGUUCCGAAGAUCUUUUGGUGAAAGGUAUUAAGUUUGAUGCAAAUGAUUUGAUGAACAUUUUCCCCAGAUUUGAUUUGGCCAUGAGACAUUCUAAGGCUGAUGUUGCUGAUCAAAUCCGGAUUCCGGAGCAGCACAAUUACAUCAUUCCAUUGGAAUUUUUACCAGUAGAGCAAGACAAUUAUAUGAAUUUAUGGAAUAGCUUCUUGGAUGCCUCAGGUUACAGAAGUGAUGGUCGCGGCAAGACUUUCCUUUCCGCCAAGGACCUUAAUUAUUGGCUAGGUGUCCUGCGGAAAACCUGUUGUCAUGCCCUCAUGCCAAAGGCAAUGCUACGUCAAGAGAAUGAACAGGAUUUGGGGACAAUACAAACAAUGGACGUUAUACUGAAAAACAUGAUGGACGAUGUUCAAGACAAGAUCGAGAGCUUGCAUAGAGAAAACUUCACUUUGAAGAUUCAGCACGCUCAGGUUUACAUGGAAUUGAAAAAUGAACCUCAAAGGGCAGUAACCUUGCUUCAAAGUGUAUGUGACGAGCUAAUUUUGGAGAUCAAGGAUCGAUUUGGCAUCAAUAUUUUGUUAGAAAACAUUGACAAAUUAGAAGACCUUUUGAUAGGUGAUUCCGAUGGCGAAAGCAGAGAAUCGAGAGCCAAGCCAUACAUGGACCUACUUCACCAAUGCUUUUUUUUCAUCGCGACAGCUUAUUACUUCUUGGGCUCCAAAAAAUUGGAAGCAAUUGACGAUGAAAACGAGAGACUUGUGACUUCUGGGCCAGCGAAGAACAAAUCUGCUUCGCAUGACACCACACCGAAAAAAUACUCUGACGUUUUUUCAAGAGAAGAGUUGGACAGAAUUAACUCUUUUCAGCAACACGAGCAAGAGAACUACGGGUACGCCGAAACAUUGCGUAAAGUAAUACUUGCAGAUAGAAUAAGAAAAGUCGAUAAAGAAAUUGAAAGUGUAAGACAUUUUUUCGAACUCAAGAAAGCUAGCUCGAAGUGCUAUUUGGAUAGUAUUUCGUUCGACGAAAAUGAUCAGUCCUCGAAUAUGAAUACAGCGCUCUGUUAUAAACGACUAAAAGCUGCAUUCCAAAAUCUGAAUAAUCAAGCCACCCAAUUCAACUCAUUCGUGAACGAAUUAAAAGCUUUAUCUUACAAACCUCUCAUCAUUGAAUAUGACGAGCAGAAUCAAGAUGAAAAGGCGAAAGAUUAUGAAAAUACGAUAGAAAAUCAAGAUAAAGUGUUUGCUCUUUUGGAUUGCCUUGAAAGAUCACUAGUCAAUCGCGAAGAAGCUGUGUCAUCUGACGAGGACAUCAAGCUUUCUCCGAAUUUGUUCAGAAACACCGACACUAUAUCAAAUUAUCAUGUUGGUCUGAUAUCUCAAUUGAAUCUUUAUGAAGGGCCGACGCUCAAAAUGAUUUUCACAGAAUUGAAAAACGUUACAAUUGUGAACGGUCCGUUGAGUUCAAGCGCUGGGCAUAGGGAAAGCUUCGACGCAUAUCUGUUAGCGUUUGAGUCGGAAAUUCCUAGGAUUAAGAAGGAGAUCAAGACCUUACGCGAGAACAUCAAAAAGCUGAACGAGAUUUAUAACGCCAAGACAAAUUAUUUCAGUAAUUUGCAGAGAAUCUCUGACUCUUUGGUGUCUCUCAUUCAAUUAGAACCCCCAGCUGUGGGGUUGAUUCUGAAAAACACCAAGAAUAAUGUGCAACUCAAUGAGAAUCUCCGUAAGAUCAAUAAUUUACGAUCGAGACUAAAGUAUCUGGAGACGUUGACAACCUUACGAGAGAAUCUAAAUCUUAAAAAAAAGUUCAACUGCGCAAUUUGUUUGAGUGAGAUUUUCGUGGGAUCCAUGAUAAAAUGCGGACAUUUCUUUUGUAAGAGCUGCAUACACAGUUGGCUAAAGAAUAAGAGUGCAUGCCCUUUGUGCAAAAUGGCAACAUCCUUGUCAGAGGUUUACACAUUCAAGUUUCAAGAAGCUCAGGUCAAAGAUGAUGUUGACGAGCAUAACUCUGAAGGUGAGCCCAACAACAACAAAAGUGCUAAAAAUUCAAAUGACUCAUCUGAACAAAAUCUACUGGGGGAAACGCAGUUUUCACAGAAGUAUCAAAAUUUUGAGAACAUGGAAAAAGUACAUCAGCUCACGCUCAAAGAGACAUACGGCUGCAAAGUCGACUUUGCCGUAAAACUUGUCCUUUAUUUGCAGAUAUGCUAUAGGGAAGACGUGGACCGUAAUCCGAGUGCGAAACCUCCUCAGAUUAUCAUAUAUUCGCAAUAUUCUGAUUUUCUCGAUAUUUUGUCUAGCGUACUUACGCGACAUGCGGUCAAACACCUGAAUACCUCCGGAUCUUCCAGAUUUUCGAAGAGCAUCGAGAAGUUCAAGAGAGAACCAGCUAAUACCUGUUUACUUUUGGACGUCAAAAAACAAGCGACCGGGCUUACACUAGUAAAUGCCACACAUGUCUUCAUUAUGGAACCCAUUAUAAACGAUAGCGCUGAAAUUCAAGCAAUCAACCGCACCCAUAGAAUAGGGCAAACACGAGAGACUUACGUGUGGAAUUUUUUGGUGAGAAACACCGUUGAGCAGAACAUCGUAAAGUACAAAUCUGUCCUGGAGGAAAAGAAGGCAUCUGUGAAAAAGGUGCGCUCGUUGCACGCGGACGAGAAAGAAUUAAAGUCAGAGGACACGACCGACAACGAAAGUUUAUUGGAGGAUGAUGACGAUGAGGAGUACUCUUUCAACGUGAAUGGAGAUGAAAGUGUAUCAGGAAAGCACAUCUGGAACUGCUUCUUCCAUCCAUGA